UAAAAUAUUAGGCAUUAUACUCUGACUCAUAUAUUCCGGGAAUUUUUUCCAGAUCUUUCCAACGAAUGUUUAUAAUGGUCUGCUCAUGAAACUUCGGGUACCUUGACUAUCAAUAAAUGAUGUUCCCCAGGAGCAAAGCCAUCUAAGCCAAGAUCGUCAAUUCCUUUCACUACCAGCCGCCGCUCAACAGCAUCGGAAUCAGGGAAGGCGGCACUCUCUUCCCCGCACCCCCUUCCCCUCCCCCUACACCCCCCUUCUCCGCGCAAUAUAUAAUAAAUAGGAGCAACUAUAUAUAGGUUUAAUUACUGCUACAUUUCAUGGCUUCUCUCUCGUCCUCACCACUGUCCAACUUGCUACAUCCACGAUUCUUACAUCGAGGUUCGCGUGGUAGUCCAGCAGCAUCGCCACCAUGUCCGGCGACACCAUCUCCGCCGCAAUGUGGAGCGGCGUCUUCCCGGCGGGGCCGGAGGGGUAGUUCACGGCGGAGGGGUAGUUCACAGAUCCCAAAAACUGAAGCAGAGGGGGUAUGAAUUCCGAAGAGCUAGGCAUGAAACAUAGGAAAGAAGAAAACCUGAGUGAGCAAUGCGAGCUGUUCGACGCCGAAGUAUCUAGCUGGGUGUCGAGGGCGAGAUCAACGGCGGAGGUGCAAUGCGUGUGCCAUUGAGCGGAAAGAGGUUUAGGAAGAAGGGGGUAUGGGGUGUGGGGUGCGAGAAAGCGAGGUGUGGGGUGCGGAGAAGGGAGGUGUGGGGUGCGGAGAAGGGAGGUGCAGAAAAUUGAGAUACGGAGAAGGAGAUAUAAAUUUAGGAAUUUUUUUUUUAAGGAUAAUUUAGACAUUUUAUAUAUAUUUUUUAAAAAAGGAGGUGUGUUCAUACAAGAGUGGAGGUGUGUUUAUCAUCUGCCUAUCAGUAUUAGGCAAAAUGGCCCAUGAAGUAAAUGGGCCUUCAACUAUGCGAACGUUUAAUAAACACGCGCAAGCCCGCACGAUUAACUCUUGUUAUUUUUAUAGUUCUUUAUGUGGAGUGGCUUUGCCAAUUGCCACCAUUAUUUGUUCCUCAGGUCCCUUAUCCGCGGGGAAUGGGAGAAAAAGCUAAGAGCUAAGAAGUGUGCAACAUGGUAGUAGCUAUUUCACUAACCCACCCAGCAAGCACUGUUUUAGUUUCUUUGCCAUCAAUCCAAAAACGUGGGAAUGUGUUAUAUAAUAAGGUAAGAAAAUCAAGGGCAGUAUCAAUGUCCCUCGGAAACGGAAAUAAUAAUAAGGAAGAAGUGAGUGUGGGAGCAGGUGAAAGGCUCUAUCUUGGGUUGGACUUUGGCACAUCCGGUGCCAGGUUUGCCAUAAUUGACAAAGAUGGGACAAUUCAGGCUGAGGCAAAGAGAGAGUAUCCUCUGUACUUGAGUGGAGAGUCACAUGAUUGGGCACGCUCGUGGAAGGAGACACUGUUUUCUCUGCUUGAAGAUGUCCCACUUGACCUUCGCCAACACGUUGUGUCCAUUUCCAUGGAUGGGACUUCCGCAACUACUAUCAUUGUGGAUAGUAACACAGGAGAACCGUUGUGGAGACCCUAUCUUUACAACGAGAGUUGUCCUGAUGCACUACCAAUGGUGAAAUCUAUUGCUCCUCAGAACCAUACAGUUUGCACUGGGUCUUCCACUCUGUGUAAACUCGUCUCAUGGUGGAAUCGUGUUGGUUCAAACAAAAAACCUGCUCUGUUGUCGCACCAAGCGGAUUGGCUUUUGUGGCUUCUUCAUGGAAAGCUUGGAGUUACAGAUUAUAAUAAUGCUUUGAAGGUUGGCUAUGAUCCUGAAGUGGAAUCAUAUCCUUCAUGGCUAGUCUGUCAACCAUAUUAUCAUCUUUUACCUUCAGUUGUUGCUCCAGGAACUCCAAUUGCUUGCUUAAAGGAGGACAUUAGAAAUAAAUAUGGUUUCCAAAAGGAUUGUGUUGUAUGCACCGGAACCACUGACAGUAUAGCUGCGUUUCUUGCAGCUCGUGCUACUCAACCUGGGAAAGCUGUCACUUCAUUGGGUUCAACACUAGCUAUUAAACUACUAAGCAACACAAGAAUUGAGGAUUCUCGAUUUGGGGUGUAUAGUCAUCGCCUUGAUGAUAAAUGGCUUGUUGGUGGCGCUUCAAACACUGGCGGAGCCAUUCUUAGACAGCUGUUCACCGAUGAUCAAUUAGAGAAACUGAGUGAACAGAUCAAUCCCUCUCAACCUUCUCUUCUGGACUACUAUCCUCUUCCAAAAGCAGGUGAAAGAUUCCCAGUAGCAGAUCCAAAUUUGGCACCAAGGCUACUUCCUCGUCCAGAAAAUGAUGUUGAGUACUUGCAUGGGAUUUUAGAAUCCAUUGCACGUAUAGAGGCAAAGGCAUAUGGGUUGCUAAAGGAGCUAGGAGCAACCCAAGUAGAGGAAGUUUUCACAGCUGGUGGAGGAGCCAAAAAUGAGAAGUGGAUAAAGAUACGAGAGAGGGUGCUUGGUUUGACUGUGCGUCGUGCAAAUCAAACAGAAGCUGCCUAUGGAGCUGCAUUAUUGGCAAUAAAGGGUGAUCAACAAAAUAUUUUGUGAAAAAUAUUAUUUCAACUCGUCAUUUGAAAUGUUGUUUAUAAAAGAAAAUGAAAUUUCUCGGGGAGGAGGACCGAAGAAUGUUUCAACAUGGUGUUAAAAGUUCGAUUUAUUCCAAUUCAUAUGAACAUGUCAUGUUUGUAUUACUGUUUUAGUAGCCUAGCCUCCAACCAAGGUAUACGUUACCAAAAAGAUCCCUUUUGUUGUGUUAUGUAUGCGUUAAGGGUGCAUCGUCAUUACAAACAUGCCUUCAGUUGGCAUAGUGUUGUUCUGUUUGAAAAGCGAAAUAAACCUGAGAAUACCUGACA